AUGAAUUUCCUCAACCCAUACCAUGUCCAGUUACUGAAUAGCUCAUACCCUCCUUCUUCCUCUCUGCUCACUGCUGGACCCGACUACUCGCCCAACUCGCAGGAAUUGAGCCGGCUGACAUACUACGCCUCAAAUCACCCAGGAAAACUCGCCAAACUUGGGAGUGAGCUCGAGAAGCGAAUAAAACUCGAAUGCAAGAAGGCACAAGCGGGUAAUAUCCGCACUCGAGCGUCACUGCUUAUAUCUCUUGCUAUUCUCCGUUCCUUGGCCACGGAAUGCCGCCGCGACAUCGCCCUUUUCUCCCCUUCCCUUAUUGCCGCCAUAUCAGCUACUAUGGCUGCGGUCCCAAAAGAUUUAGAAGUCAUGGCUAGAGCUGCGAGUGUGUUCACCGCCUGGACAACAUACACGGACGGACACCUCAUUGGAGCGGAUAGCAACAUGACCCGCGAGUAUAUCAACGUGUUGAAACGAUUUGCAGCUCUGAGCUGUUCGGAUGUCCAAGACCAAGAAGUGCGAAAUCGCACACGUUUGGUUGGCUUCGCAGCACUAACGGGAGCCUUGAAUUCUGAAGCAUUGUACAACGACUCAGUGCAAUUCAGAACUCAAGUCUCUGUCAUCAUGAAGCCGAUACUGGUCACCGUAUUUCAGACCAAUGUCGACAUUUUGGAACAUCAGGCAGAAAUUGUCAAGGAUGCACCUAUAUCACCCUAUUUGGCUGAGUUCCGCACACGACCAGCUAUGGAACGAAGGGCAGCAUCAAUACAUGUCCAUAUUGACGGAGAAACCGGUCCUUCCAUGUCAGAAGUUUCUAGUGCGGCGCUUCGAGCACUCUUCUCACUACUUGAGCACGCAAAUGGAGGUCAACUAGGACACAUUAUGCGCGCCUCUCUUGAUACUCUCGAUGAAGUUGCAACAACGAAGAAGUGGUCCCAAGUUGACCACUGUUGCUGGUUUGCGAAGCAGGUAGCGGAGUGGGCACAAUAUCAAUAUCGAUACGCGAUACCCACUUGGCUCGUCGAACGACUGGUUGAAAAUCAAGAGGCACCAACAACUGUGAACAUGCAUACCGCUCUGGCAGCAAUGGUUACCGCCGUUUUUGACUCUCCCACUCCUCUCGUCAAUCUUUCUACCUCCGAUGUUGUUUCCAACUUGAUGAACCUCUUGCUUCGUCGCACAUCCAUUUCCCCUGAUGAUGCUCUUCUUCCGGCCCUUGUCGAGUGCAUAUCAUCUCUUGGUCGACAUGUUUACUACUCAGAUCAAAUCCAGGAUCUUGCUGGAGAAAUAAUCAACAGAAUAUUAGCAGUUGAAGCCCAGAAUCUAAAUGCUAAAACGAAGAGAACACGUGUCCCACCUGACAUCUGGCAAGACACCCUUAGCAUUCUCUGCGAGACAGAUUACGCUGUUAGGGCCGACUACGCUCUUGGACUUAUAUUCUAUCUCGAAAAUGAGAUACCAACGGUCGGAGAGACAUCGGAAGGGGAUGGAGUAAAGAAAAUACGUCACCUUAUCGAAUCACCAUUCCACCACAAUGCCGACGUGAGGAUUUUGGUGCAAUCUGGUGAUUUUGGAACCAAAUUCUUGAAUGCUAUACAAGCUUACGUCUAUGCAUUGGCGACGUCUUCGAGUUUGGGUCUCAGUUCUGGUGUGUCAAGCUCUGGAAACAGCAUCGCUAAUGGGCCUGCCACCGCAGAGCCGGAAGGCACGGCAACAGAGGAAUCCGAGGGAAAUGUGCAAGGGAAUGGGCGUCGUUCCAUUGGCUCACAGGCACCUCGAGCCAGAAAAGUCUCUGUAAUGCACCGACUACUGGACCGAUCCCCUUCACGUGCUUCCGGUGGUGCUGCUGCUACACUCUCGGAUUAUUCUCAUAUAUUAUCCAUUCUUAACACCAUUCACGAGCAGUUUCCUGUCCGCGGCCUCCUCACAGGAGUUCCCAUGCUGUUAGCGUUGGACAAACAGACCGAAGCCCAUGAUGGAGACGAUUUCGCCACGACAACACGGAAAAAUGCCACGAAAAUGGUCAUCGCGCGAGUUUGGGCGGCUAUCGGUAGAAUAUGGGGCUCUACAGAUCUCAUUAAUAUUGCCAACAAGGCAAUAGCAUCAAUACCGCCUGCUGGCGACUUGCCCUCGAUCCCAGACCUUGAAUUCCGGCUACAUCCUGCAUAUGAGGCCGUCUCUAUACCUUCAGAAGGCGACGUCGAACCAUGGCAUGGUAUUGACUCCCAAACCGCCUUGCUUGCUAUUGCAUCAUGCCCUUCUGUCCAUGCUGCGACGGGUCUGGACCAACAGUCCGCAUUAGUUCGGCUUUCUGUUGAGUGGACAGCCGAACUAGCGCUCAAAGACUCUAUCGAACGCUCCAACAUUUUCGAGUCGACAAUUCGAGGGGAUGGAGUAUCUCCAUUGCUGAAAAUUUCACCUGCUUUAAUGCACAUUGACAACGUUUCUCUCGCUAGCUUGGCCCGUUCGACCCGAGGCAUUGGUGUCACAGAUUUGAGAGAGGCUCUAGAAGGACGGAGUAGCAUGUCAAACCCAGCCCUUGUGAAGCCACCAUCAGUCUCCACCUUUGACCAUGUGUCAUCUAUUGCGGCGGAUAGCAAGUUCGUACGACAGCGAACCAAGUCCCGACGGCGAGCUACGCCAUCAGGACCAGCCGAAGUCCGCGAUGUGCUGAAUCGAUUGGGUAUUGGCAAGACAAACGGGAGUUUACUCAAGUCGUCAUUUCCAAUCGGGAAGGGUGGAGGGGAGUCUGGAACUUAG